AUGCCGCUCAUUAUUCGGGCGAGGCCCAGGAGGGGGGCCCAGUAUGCCGGCAUCAGACGACCCAGCCCUCCUGUUGAAGCCUGGCCUCAGAGCCACCUGCCCCAGCUGCCAACCCAGGAGCCCUUGCAGGCCCCCGCCAGUUCGGGGCGUCCCGUGGGUUCGUCACUGGGCCUGCUCCCCCAUGCCCCCCUUUCCCUCCAAGGCUCUGGGACAGGGGUCAGUCCGGUCCUGGCCUGGCACGCAGCCAUCAGUGCGGCUCGCCAGGCUCAGGACGCGGCCGGUGACAAGCCCGCCACCCUGCCCAACAUGAGCGCCCGGCCCUCAGUGUGCAGCCCCACUACAGCGCCCCCUGCUGGAUCCCUGGCCCAGAGGAAGAGACAGCAGUAUGCUAAGAGCAAGAAGCAGGGCGGCUCCACCAACAGCAGGCCUCCCCGCGCCCUCUUCUGUCUAACCCUGAACAACCCUCUGCGUCGCGCCUGCAUCAGCCUGGUCGAGUGGAAACCAUUUGAUAUCUUCAUUCUGCUGUCCAUUUUUGCUAACUGCGUAGCCUUAGCCAUCUACAUACCUUUCCCCGGAGACGACUCCAACUCCACCAACCAAGAGUUGGAGACAGUGGAAUACGCUUUCCUCAUCAUCUUCACCAUCGAGACCUUCCUGAAAAUCAUGGCCUAUGGUCUGGUCAUGCACCAGAACUCCUACGUGCGCAAUGGAUGGAACUUACUCGACUUCAUUAUAGUUAUAGUGGGCUUGUUCAGUGUGGUGCUGGAGAUGGUCACCAAAGACGCAGAGUCCAGUGGGCAGUCCGGAGGUAAACCAGGGGGCUUCGACGUCAAAGCUCUCCGAGCUUUCCGAGUGCUGCGGCCCCUAAGGCUCGUCUCCGGGGUCCCCAGUUUACAGGUGGUGUUGAACUCCAUUAUCAAAGCCAUGGUACCCCUGCUGCACAUCGCUCUGCUCGUCCUCUUCGUCAUCAUCAUCUACGCCAUCAUCGGGCUGGAGCUCUUCAUCGGGAAAAUGCACGCCACCUGCUACGUUAUGCAGACAGGAGCCCUAGCAGAGGAGGAGCCCACUCCCUGUGCAGCCUCAGGACACGGGCGCCGCUGCCUGCUCAAUGGGACCGCGUGCAGAGAGGGCUGGCAGGGCCCUAACAACGGUAUCACCAACUUCGAUAACUUCCUGUUCGCCAUGCUCACCGUGUUCCAGUGCAUCACCAUGGAGGGCUGGACCGACGUACUCUACUGGAUGAACGAUGCGAUGGGCUUCGAGCUGCCAUGGGUCUACUUCGUCAGCCUGGUCAUCUUUGGAUCCUUCUUUGUCCUCAACCUGGUUCUCGGAGUGUUGAGUGGGGAGUUCUCCAAAGAGCGUGAGAAGGCCAAAGCGCGUGGGGACUUUCAGAAACUUAGGGAGAAGCAGCAGCUGGAGGAGGACCUGAAGGGCUACCUGGACUGGAUCACCCAGGCCGAAGACAUCGACCCGGAGAACGAGGAGGAGGCGGAGGACCCAGGCAAGCGCAACAGGCUGACUUUUGCUCAGCUCACCCAGAAGAAGCGAGGGAGGUUUGGCUGGUUCUCUCAGUCCACAGAAACACAGGCGAGCAUGCCUAGUGAAACAGAGUCAGUGAACACGGACAAUGUCCCUGGAGAAGAGGACAAGUCUCCCUGCUGUGGACCGCUCUGUCAAAAAAUCACUAAGUCCAAGUUCAGUCGCCAGUGGAGGCGCUGGAACCGCUUCUGCCGCAGGAAGUGCCGCGCUGCGGUCAAGUCGGUGCUCUUCUACUGGCUAGUCAUCAUCCUGGUCUUCCUCAACACACUGACCAUUGCCUCCGAGCACUACGACCAGCCCCACUGGCUCACACAGGUCCAAGAUGUGGCAAACAAAGUACUGCUGGCCAUGUUCACUCUGGAGAUGUUGGUGAAGAUGUACAGUCUGGGUCUGCAGGCGUACCUGGUGUCUCUGUUUAACCGUUUUGACUGCUUUGUGGUGUGCGGGGGCAUCGUGGAGACCAUUCUGGUGGAGAUGACCAUCAUGUCUCCUCUGGGCAUCUCUGUCUUCCGCUGCGUGCGCCUUCUCCGGAUCUUUAAGGUUACUCGACACUGGGCGUCCCUGAGUAACCUGGUUGCUUCUCUGCUCAACUCCAUGAAGUCCAUUGCGUCUCUCCUGCUGCUGCUCUUCCUCUUCAUCAUCAUCUUCUCACUCCUGGGCAUGCAGCUGUUCGGAGGGAAGUUCAACUUCGACGAGACUGUCACAAAGAGGAGCACAUUCGACAACUUCCCCCAGGCCCUGCUCACCGUCUUCCAGAUCCUGACUGGAGAGGACUGGAACACGGUCAUGUACGAUGGGAUCAUGGCGUACGGAGGCCCUGCCUCCUCGGGGAUGGUCGUCUGUAUCUACUUCAUCAUCCUUUUCAUCUGCGGCAACUACAUCCUGCUCAACGUCUUCUUGGCCAUCGCCGUGGACAACCUGGCGGAUGCAGAGAGCCUGAACACUGCUCAGAAAGAGGAGGAGGAGGCCAAGAAGAGGAGGGACAGCAUCAGGGAAUUAAUGACAGACCAGAAGAGAAGUGAUCAGCUAGAACUCCCAAACUGUGAAAAGACACCAGAGGAGCACUUGCUGGAGGAUGAGAAAGACCCUUUUGCAGCUCUCAACACUCCAGAUGAAGAGGAGCUGCCUGAGGUCCCGGCUGGUCCCAGGCCCCUGAGACUGUCUGAGCUCAACCUGAAAGAAAAGACCCCUGCCAUACCUGAGGGGAGCGCCUUCUUCAUCUUCAGCAGUACCAACCCGUUUCGAGUGUUUUGCCACAAACUGAUAAACCACCAAAUCUUCACCAACCUCAUCCUGGUCUUCAUCAUGCUUAGCUCAGUAUCUUUGGCUGCAGAGGACCCCAUCCGGAACUUCUCAGCACGCAAUAUAAUACUUGGUUAUUUUGACUAUGCCUUCACGGCUAUCUUUACAGUAGAGAUCGUGUUGAAGAUCAUAGGCUAUGCAGACUAUGUCUUCACUAGUAUGUUUACUUUUGAGAUCCUAAUCAAGAUGACAGCGUUUGGAGCCUUUCUUCAUAAAGGAGCUUUCUGCAGAAACUACUUCAACCUCCUGGACCUGCUGGUGGUCGGAGUGUCCCUGGUCUCCUUCGGCAUUCAGUCGUCUGCCAUCUCUGUGGUGAAGAUCCUGCGUGUGUUACGAGUGCUCCGUCCUCUCAGAGCCAUCAACCGAGCCAAAGGACUCAAGCAUGUGGUGCAGUGUGUGUUUGUGGCCAUUCGCACCAUUGGGAACAUCAUGAUCGUCACCACUCUGCUGCAGUUCAUGUUCGCCUGUAUCGGGGUGCAGCUCUUCAAGGGCAAGUUUUACCGCUGCACAGAUGAGGCCAAGUCCAGUCCAGACGAAUGCAAAGGCACAUAUAUCCUGUACACCACAGGGGACACAGCCCUACCUGUGGUUCGAGAGCGUCUCUGGUACAACAGUGACUUUAACUUUGACAACGUGCUGAUGGCCAUGAUGGCUCUGUUCACUGUGUCCACUUUCGAGGGCUGGCCCACCCUCCUGUACAAGGCCAUAGACUCUAACAGGGAGAACAUGGGACCUAUCUACAACUACAGAGUGGAGAUCUCCAUCUUCUUCAUCAUCUACAUCAUCAUCAUCGCCUUCUUCAUGAUGAACAUCUUUGUGGGCUUUGUCAUUGUCACGUUCCAGGAGCAGGGCGAGAAGGAGUACAAGAACUGUGAGCUGGACAAAAACCAGCGUCAGUGUGUGGAGUACGCUCUGAAGGCCCGACCUGUGCGAAGGUACAUCCCUAAAAACCCAUACCAGUACAAGUUCUGGUAUGUGGUCAACUCCACCGGCUUCGAGUAUGUCAUGUUUGUACUCAUCAUCCUCAACACGCUCUGUCUCGCCAUACAGCACCACGGCCAGUCUCACCUGUUUAACUACGCCAUGGACAUCCUCAACAUGGUCUUCACUGGGGUUUUCACUGUUGAGAUGGUCCUCAAGCUGGUGGCCUUCAAGCCCAGGGGCUAUGUGGGCGACGCCUGGAACGUGUUUGAUGCCCUGGUGGUGAUUGGCAGUGUGGUAGACAUCAUCCUCAGCCAGAACUAUUUUGCUGAUGCAUGGAACACGUUUGACGCGUUGAUUGUUGUGGGUAGCGUGGUUGACAUUGCCAUCACUGAGAUCAAUUCGACAGCGCUCCCGGUGGUCAAGGUGAUAGUGGAGCCGGGGAACACAGAGGACAGCGCGCGCAUCUCCAUCACCUUCUUCCGGCUGUUCAGGGUCAUGAGGUUGGUCAAACUGCUGAGCCGAGGGGAAGGUAUCCGGACUCUUCUCUGGACCUUUAUCAAGUCCUUUCAGGCUCUGCCCUACGUGGCUCUCCUCAUUGCCAUGCUGUUCUUCAUCUACGCAGUCAUUGGGAUGCAGGUGUUUGGGAAAAUCGCCAUGGUGGACGGGACACAGAUCAACCGCAACAACAACUUCCAGACGUUCCCACAGGCCGUCCUCAUGCUCUUCAGGUGUGCGACCGGGGAGGCGUGGCAGGAGAUCAUGCUGGCCUGUCUGCCUGGUAAGCUCUGCGAUGUGGAGUCGGACUAUAACCCUGGAGAGGAGCGCACAUGUGGCAGCGGCUUCGCCAUCAUCUACUUCAUCAGCUUCUACAUGCUCUGUGCUUUUCUGAUCAUCAACUUGUUUGUGGCUGUCAUAAUGGACAACUUCGACUAUUUGACACGUGAUUGGUCCAUUCUUGGGCCGCACCACCUGGAUGAGUUCAAGAGGAUCUGGUCAGAGUACGAUCCCGAGGCCAAGGGUCGCAUCAAACACCUGGAUGUGGUGACGUUGCUGCGUAGGAUCCAGCCUCCUCUGGGCUUUGGGAAGCUCUGUCCUCACCGCGUGGCCUGUAAGCGGCUGGUUGCCAUGAACAUGCCCCUGAACAGCGACGGCACAGUUAUGUUUAAUGCCACGCUGUUCGCUCUGGUGCGCACGGCUCUCAAGAUCAAGACUGAAGGAAACCUGGACGAGGCCAACGAAGAGCUGAGGGCCGUCAUCAAGAAGAUCUGGAAGAGGACUAGCAUGAAGCUCCUGGACCAAGUGGUGCCCCCUGCAGGCGAUGACGAGGUGACAGUGGGGAAGUUCUAUGCCACCUUCCUGAUACAGGACUACUUCAGAAAGUUCAAGAGGCGCAAGGAGCAAGGGCUGGUGGGACGGCGCUCCUGGGACCGGAUCAACACCACCAUGGCUCUGCAGGCUGGUCUACGUACUCUUCACGACAUCGGUCCUGAGAUCCGCAGGGCCAUAUCAUGUGACCUGCAGGAGGAGGGACUAGUGGACGAGGAGGACGAGGACAUCUACAGAAGAAACGGCGGCCUGUUUGGGAACCAUGUCAACCACGUGGGGGCAGACCAGACCCAGCCCACCACAGUGACCCAGAGACCCCUCCAGAUAUUGCCCUCCACUCUAGACCGCACCCACCCUGAGCAGCCCUCUUCCCCCUCCCCUCCUCUGCUCAACCACUACUGCAACUCCUCCAGGCAGUCCCCCAUCCCGUCCAACGCCAACCUGAAUAACGCCAACACCCCCACAGUGCUGUCCUUGAGCAGCAGGGGGCAGCAGAGGCUCCUCCUGAGGGACCAUCCUGCCUCAGCCAAGCACCUGCGCUCCUCCCCCUACAGCAGACUGCACUGUCAGGCCUGGAAGUCCCUCUCCACUAGAUCUGAGUGUGGAGCCAUGUACCCCAGCACCCACAAAGAGGAACCCGCUCACAGUGACCCGGAGCUGGGCUCAGAGGACCAGGAGGACAGGGGGUCUCAGGACUACAGCGAAGAGGAGAGCCCCAGAGGAGAGAGAUUACCCAGCUCACCUCUGGACUCUGAGGGGGACCUGGAUGGUUACCUUGGUGACCAGCAGGUUGAUGGUUUCUAUGACGACGACCAGGAGCUGAUUUUCCAAGAGGAUAAGCCAUCACCAAGAAAAUGGUUCCUGCCCUCCCCUCAGGUGUCUCACAAGUCCACCUUCAGUUUCGAGUGUCUUCGUGGAUGGGGCAGUGAGGAAGCCCCUCUUCCGUCUCCGCCCAUCACCGCUCUGCCCCUGCACCUGAUGCAGCAGCAGGUGCUGGCAGUGGCUGGUCUUGAUGCCAGCAGACUGCAGAGGUUCUCUGGGUCCAGUCGCUCUCCCCGCUCCUGGGCAACUCCUCCAGCAUCUCCCCCGGGGUCUCCCUCUCCCUGCUACACCCCGCUCAUACAGGUGGACUGGUGCAGCUCGGGCAGUGUGGGGAGUCUUCCUGGAGCAGUGAAGAGGAGCUCCUGGUUCACCGCAGGACAGAGCCAGACCCUAGGACCAGAGCAGAACCAGACCUACCCCUCAGGACACUGUCUACCCCCGCCCCACCUCCACCUGCCACCCGACACCCACACACACAUGCUGUCCAAGAGGGGCAGUGCGCACAGCCUGGUGGAGGCGGUGCUGAUCUCCGAGGGUUUGGGGAUAUAUGCCCGGGACCCCAACUUCGUGUCAGCCGCCCAACAGGAGAUCGCUGACGUGUGCGAGCUCACCAUAGAUGAGAUGGAGAGCGCCGCCAGUGCCCUGCUCAACGGCACCAUGGCAAACGGGACUACGGGGGCCUCAGGGAGCUCCAGUGUCUCAGGGGGAGGCUCGGGGGGCCGGGACCGCAGCAUACGCGACUACAGCGACGAAGAGCCCUAUGUGACCGCGCGCGCAGAGGAGGACCUGACGGACGAGAUGAUCUGCAUCACGUCGCUAUAGCAGCGGCUCCAAAAUAGGACUUUUCUAGUUUUUUUCAAUUUGGAUUUAUUUAUUUAUUUAAAC